AGGCAGAUGGUGCCCUCAUCCGCAAGGACAUCUUCGAGAAGCAUGGCCUGCUUGACCGUGUUGCUCAUUGGAGUGAUGAAGAGCUAUUGGAGGCCUUUCAGACACCUGGUGGACAUGACCACAAGAAGAUCUACGCUGCCUUUGCACAGGCGCAGAAGAAUGCCGAGAUGGGCGGACGACCUUCGGUUAUCUUGGUGAAGACGCUCAAGGGCUACAGUCUGCAGACCUUCCUUGGCCGCAAUACUGUGCACCAGAAGAAGACAAUGACAGAUUCCGACAUGCAGAAGUACCGUGAUGCCAUGGGAAUCCCAUUGACUGACGAGCAACUUGCAAAGUCCGAUGCGGCAAACUUUUUUGCACUGAAGGAGGACUCACCGGAGGCGAAGUAUUUGAAGUCCAAGCGCCAAGAGCUUGGCGGCUUUUUGCCGACACGAUCACCUGCAAAGGUGUCUGCUUUGGUGGAGUUGCCCAAGCAUGGCGUUUAUGAUAUCCUUGACGCAGGUAGCAAGGGGCGUGAGAUCAGCACGACAAUGUGCUUUGCACAAGUCUUGCGAAAGAUGAUGCAGGCUGGCGAAUUCGGGCAGCGUGUCACACUGAUGGUUACCGAUGAGUCGCGGACAUUCGGCAUUGAUGCCUUCUUCCCCAUUUUCAAGAUCCACGCGCCAUUUGGACAGAACUACAUUUCGGUCGAUGCAGAUCAGGUGAUGAAGUAUGCAGAGGCACCAAACGGUCAGAUUCUGCAGGAAGGCAUCAGUGAGGGAGGUGCCAUCAUGACCUGGAUCGCUUCGGCGACAUCUUACUCAUCUCAGCAUGCACCAACUCUUCCAUUUCUGAUCUACUAUUCCAUGUUUGGCUUUCAGCGAGUCGGAGACAGUAUUUGGCAAGCUGCCGAUGCAAGAGCCCGCGGGUUUCUGAUUGGUGCCACAUAUGGCCGCACCACUCUGAACGGCGAGGGACUGCAGCAUCAGGAUGGUCACUCCUUGCUCAUCGCUCUGACGUGCCCAGCAGUGAAGGGCUACGACCCAGCUUUUGGCUACGAGAUGGCACUCAUCAUCGAGAAUGGAGUGAAAGAGAUGUGGGGUGAGGACAAGGAUGUAAUCUACUACGUGACUGCCUACAAUGAGAAUAUGGCUAUGCCGGAGAAACCGCAGGGAGUCGAUGAAGGCAUUAUUAAGGGCCUCUACAAGUUCUCCGAUGCUAAGCCAGCCGAGCAUACCGUUCGCGUGAUUGGAUCGGGAGCCAUCAUGAAGCAGGCCCUGGAUGCCAUCGAUAUCCUUGCAGAGUAUGGUGUUGGAGUGGAGGUGUGGAGCGCGACAAGCUAUGGAGAGCUGCAGCGUGAUGCAGUGGCCUGCCAGCGCAGCUCUCGCCUGGGCGGUGAGGCCCCGCCGUCGUGGGUGGAGCAAUGCCUUGGGGACGGGUCCGUCACAGUGGCCGUGUCGGACAACAUGACAGCCUAUCCCAAGCUCAUUGCUCCGUGGGUUGGGGGCGACUACAUUGUCCUUGGCGCUGAUGGCUUUGGCCGCUCUGAUACUCGCGAGGCGCUUCGGCGCUUCUUCGAGAUCGACAAGGAACAUGUUGCUGUGGCAGCUCUUUAUGGCCUUGCCAAGCAAGGCAAGAUCCCAAUGGACGUGGCCCACCAAGCGCGGGACAAGUUCGGCAUCGCUGCGGACCGAAAGGACAUUUGCAUGGAGGUUGUUAGCUGACGCUAUGAUACUGGCAAAGUGCGCAAUGCCGGGUCUGCUCGCAGAUCAAGUGCUGAAUCUGGGAGUAUUGAGUGCUGAUUUGUGCUGCGGCCGAGAAGCCUUCGUGCCGAGCACCGGUGCACGAGUACGACACAUUUGAUCAUUGCAAGGUGCACACACACAUGUCCCGCCUGGAGAUUUUGGGCAGCUGCUGUGCAAUUGAUCGAAUUGAACAUAUUUUCCAUUUUCUCCAUAGAUGUGGAAGGGCAUUGAGGCGUCAGG